GGGGGCGUCGUGACGCGGCUGCGCGGGUUGGGCCCGGCGGAGGCGAAGCGGCGGCGACGGCGACGGCGCGACGACGGCCCGGCAGCCCGGCCGCCAUGAGCACCAAGCAGGUUACUUGCAGGUACUUCAUACACGGCGUGUGCCGGGAGGGCAGCCAGUGCCUCUUCUCGCACGACCUGGCCAACAGCAAGCCGUCCACCAUCUGCAAGUACUACCAGAAGGGCUUCUGCGCCUACGGCACGCGCUGCAGGUAUGAUCACACCAGGCCCUCGGCCGCAGCAGGUGGUGCGGUGGGGCCCGUCUCCCACGCUGGGCCUUCCCCAGGCCCCCACAGUCCUCACGCCGCCGACCUCGCCACGUCCACUGUGAGGAUGCACACGCACGAGCCGGGGAAGCGGGAGAAGAGGACGCUGGUGCUCAGAGACCGCAAUCUCUCUGGCUUGGCGGAAGAGAAGACGCCCCUGAGCGCGGCCGGCCCCCCCGGCGGCUGCAGUGACGCGCAGACGGGCCUGGACGCGAAGCCGCACUCGUACCUGGACGCCAUCCGCAGCGGCCUGGAGGACGCGGAGGCCGGCAGCUCGUGCGGCGGCGAGCAGCCGCUGUGCCCGUACGCGGCCGCCGGCGAGUGCCGCUUCGGGGACGCCUGCGUCUACCUGCACGGGGACGUGUGCGACAUCUGCAGGCUGCCCGUCCUGCACCCCUCCGACCCCGAGCAGAGGAAGGCGCACGAGAAGAUGUGCAUGCUGACGUUCGAGCACGAGAUGGAGAAGGCGUUCGCCUUCCAGGCGAGCCAGGACAAGGUGUGCAGCAUCUGCAUGGAGGUGAUCCUGGAGAAGGCCUCGGCCUCCGAGCGCAGGUUCGGGAUCCUGUCCAACUGCAACCACACCUACUGCCUGUCCUGCAUCCGCCAGUGGCGGUGCGCCAAGCAGUUCGAGAACCCCAUCAUCAAAUCGUGCCCCGAGUGCCGCGUCAUAUCGGAGUUCGUCAUCCCCAGCGUGUACUGGGUGGAAGAUCAGAGCAAGAAGAACGAGCUGAUCGAAGCGUUCAAGCAGGGAAUGGGGAGGAAGGCCUGCAAAUACUUCGAGCAAGGGAAGGGGAGCUGUCCCUUCGGGAGCAAGUGCCUGUACCGCCAUGCCUACCCCGACGGGCGCCUGGCGGAGCCCGAGAAGCCCCGGAAGCAGCUCAGCUCGGAGGGCACCGUGCGGUUCUUCAAUUCCGUGCGGCUGUGGGAUUUCAUCCAGAACCGGGAGGCGCGGCAGGCGCCCGCCGCGGACGACGACGUGGCGGAGCUCGGGGACCUCUUCAUGCGCCUCUCCGGCGUGGAGUCGCCGGAAACCUAGUCAGGGGCCCAGCUGUGCACCGGGGCGCGCGGGGUGCCCUGGUGGAGCCCGUGGCGAGCUGCCGGCGCCUCCCCGUCCUGGGCGCCAGGGCCGCUGGGAAGAGCAGGGUAUGAAGGGCGUGCCUCGCACACGCGUCACUAGGUUCCUAGUCGGUAGCUGCACCUCCGCCGGGGACCGGCGCCCCUCAACUAUUUUGAUUGCUUUGAAAAGAAACCCGGCUCCUGUCCUUUGUGAGUCGCUCAGCAGCGGCAGCGGCACGGAGGCCUCCACCGCGGGGGACCCGAACCCCGGAGCACAGCGAGGACGCCGCCUUCCACUCCGGCGUCCAGCCGCCCCUCCGCCCUCGCUGCCCCCACGCCUGGAAACUUCCCAGCACCCGGGACGGUUCGUGCGGGACGUGACCGGAGCCGCAGUGCACGUAGCCUCGCGAGGUACAACGCUCACUCCAAACCCCGAUUUUCUCUAUUUUUGUAAAAGCCAAGUAUUUUCCAGAGCGCGGCUGCCGCUGCGGUGCCCAGCACACGCGGGGUCCUCCUCGCCGCGGCUUCACGAGGAGCAAGCCCGGCCGUGGGCCAGGCCGAAGCUGGGGACCCACCUGGUCCUGGGGCGCUGCACAGGGAGGGGCGAUUCCUUCUGAAGGAGUUAAUAGCCAUUAAGCCUAAAUUUAAUUUAUUUUAUUAAAAUAACAUAAUUGAUGAAUUAUCAGAUAACUGUAUCUUGUCAGACACGAUAAAAACAAAAUUAAAACCCCAAUCAUUAA